AUGCCACACAAGUCGCCGUAUCCGAACGUGCCGAUUCCCGAGAGGACCGUGCACGAUUUUGUGCUCGAAGCGCUCGAGAAGAACAUUCGCGAGAAGAAGAACGAGAUCGCGUUCAUCGACUCAUCCAACAACUACGCGCCAUACACCAAUGAGACGCUCAAGAGCGAGGCGUACACAGUGGGCUCCUACCUGUACUCGAUUGGAUUCAAGAAAGACGUCGCCGCCACCUAUCUGCCGAACACCGUCCACUACGCCGCGUUUUUUCUCGGCGUCGCAAUGAACGGCGGUGCGAUUUCCGGCGCCAGCGCGCUGUUCACCGAUUUUGAACUCCACAAACAGCUCGUCGAUAGCAAUGCGAAAGUGGUGCUCACCAAUCAUGUCUCGCUUCCUCGACUUUUGCUCGCCAUCAAGGACACAAAGGUUGCGAAAAUUAUAGUGGUUGGGCAGAAUCGCGAGAAUGCGCUUCCCGAGAUUGCCGUCUCUUGGGACCAAGUCAUGCAGACGCCGAUUGUCGACAUCCCAAAGCCGAAGAUUGAUGUUCGGAGGGAUGUGAUCUUCUUGCCGUUCUCAAGUGGAACCACCGGCUCGCCGAAGGGUGUCAUGCAGACGCACUACAACUUCAUGGCGAUGAUCGCCAGCUACUACACUUUGGAAGAAGCCAGCUUCAAAGGCGGCUUUGAUGGAUGGGAUUGGACGAAGGAGAACGCGUGCCUCUACUUGCCAAUCUAUCACAACUACGGAUUCAAUAUGAUGUUGCGAUGCGUCAUUCGCAACAUGACCGGCGUGCUCAUCCAUCAGUUCGAUCUCAAGCUCUUCCUCAAAGUGCUUCAGGAUUACAAGGUUCGAGUGUUGCCGAUGGCGCCGCCGAUUGUUGUGAUGUUGUCGAAGAGUCCGCUGUGCGACGAGUUCAACAUCACAUCGCUUCACGCGGUGUUCGUCGCCGCCGCGCCCAUCGGAAAGGAUCUCAUCGAGAAGCUCAUGAAGCGUCAUCCCAACAUCAAGUACGUUCAGCAAGGCUAUGGGAUGACCGAGUGCACGUUGGCGAGCCAUUUGCCGGACUUGCGUGUGAAGGUGCCGAUUGGAAGUGUCGGAAGGCUGGCCCCAAAUUACUCGAUGAUGAUUGUGAAUCCCGAUACUUGGAUCGAGCUGCCCGACGGGCAACAAGGCGAGAUUUGCCUAGGCGGUCCGACAGUCAUGCUAGGCUACCUGAGCAAACCGAAAGAGACGGCGGCGAUCGUUCGCAACGGUUGGCUUCACACCGGCGACAUUGGCUAUGUCGACGCGGACGGCUUCCUCUACAUCGUCGAUCGUAUGAAGGAGCUGAUCAAAGUGCGAGGCCUUCAAGUGGCACCAUCGGAGCUCGAGGAUGUGCUCCUCUCGAAUCCGAGAAUCCGAGAUUGCGCGGUCGUCGGCGUGCCGCACGAGCUUCUCGGCGAAGUGCCGAAAGCCUAUGUGGUGAAAGCCGAUCGAAUGCUGACAGAGAACGAGGUCAAAGAGUUUGUCAAAGUGAAAGUCGCCGAGUUCAAAUACCUCGAAGGUGGCGUCGAGUUCAUCGAUCAGAUUCCGAAGUCGGCAGCCGGCAAAAUUUUGCGUCGAGUCCUUCGUGAUCGCAACAACAACAAAUGA